AGUUUGAGCAACUGCGUCGUUGCCGUUUACGUAACAGAGGGAGGCGAAGCUGACGGUGUUUUUCUUCUUCAACAUUCGCAGUUUCCUCGAGAGAACGAAGAUGUGGAAGAUUGUUCUCCUUUUUCUCGCGCCCCUGUUCGCCGCUGGGUUAGGUGGCAUGACUGGUGGCAAACAAGACAUAGAUGUUAAUGAUCAAGGUGUUCAGAACGCUCUGAACUUCGCAGUUGUCGAGCACAACAAAGCCUCCAACGACCUUUUCUACGUCAAGAAUAUGGAGGUACUCAAGGCUCAGUCUCAGGUAGUUGCGGGUGUGAAAUACUACAUAAAGGUGAAAAUGGCAACGACCACCUGCAAGAAGGGCAGCUUAUAUAAAGGUUGUCCCGUCCACACAGACCCAGCGAUAGCCAAGAAUUACAUCUGCGACUUUGAGGUGUGGAGCCGCCCGUGGCUACCAGAUAUCCAGGUGAUGAAAAGCAGCUGCUCGUAAAAGAACUACGUGGGACCGGCAUUGUUUGCAGAAUAACCGUCACUCCGAGUGAAAUGUACUUUUCUUUACAUUAACCUCUAAAGUAUUAACAUCCUUAAAUCUUACCUUCAUUACGUCACUUUAGGCUAAUAUGUUUCAAACUUUACUACAGAGGUCUACAGUUUUUAAUAGUUCCACACAAAAAUAACAAGCAACUUGGUUGUCAAAUAACACAUCAGCCUAGUUUUAAAAUACUGUAGUUUUAACUUUGUUGAGUGGUCCUGUGAUUAAUAUGUUUGUUUCCCAUUUGCUUUCCCAACAUCUUUAUUCUUGUUUGAUUUGACGAAAUUACUGUCUUACAUUAAUCAAAGAUGCAAUAUGUUUAGAUUGGUAAAACAUUUAGUCAUUAUUAUCACCCGACACCUAAUUUAUCUUUAUUUUCCACUUUUAACUUCAAUAAUAACUCUCCAAGUCAUUAUUUGUGUUUUGUUCCAUCAUUGAAUUGUUAAAGUUCAAUAUACUGUAGGUUUUUAUGCAAAAUAAAGGUUGUAACUUUUAACAAACUGUACGUUCAUCACUAUUAAUAAAGACAUUAAUUACCU